AUGGCACAAGGGAAUCCCGGACUUCAGAAAGGCGCCAUGUUUAUGGCAGGGCUGACUCUGUUGCAGUCUCUCCGUGUGGCUUUAACUGGAGCAAAGUUUGCACUUGACAGAUUUAAAAUUCCGCAGCAGUAUGCCAGUUCGUUCAUUAACAUGGUCCAUAAUCUUAUGGAGUUGGCAACGUUUACUGGAAUGGCUAUUGUAAAUAUUACAGCACUCAUUAAAGAACAUAAUGAUGAAGACUCCAAGAAAUGUUUCAUGCGCCUUGCUGUAUUUACUAACAUAACACUGUACUCUUCCCUCAUUAUACUCCUCAUUGCAUUUACAUCAGGAGGAGAACAGGGUAAUCUCACCUUCUACUACUGGACCAUAGUCUUAGUUUCGUUUGUCUAUGGACUUAAUGUGGCAGCUGUAAUGAAUGUUGGAGGUGCAGAUGCCGCCUUUUUCAAUGUAGGAAUUCCUCUUUCCGGUAUUCAGGUUUGCAUUUACUAUUACGUCUUCACUAAGUUGGCUGAGAGAUAUAAGUGGUCGAACGUUAGUUACUGGAUUAUAUACUGGCAGCUUAUCAUAGCAAUAGUUAUAUCAUUCAUCUCUGCCAUAGUAUGGAUUGUUUAUCCUGCUGCUGCCUAUGGGCAUGGUGGAGGCAAUGGUACUGGUAAUGAACCUGCCCCUGCUGUUGCAUCUCCGAUUCUUAUGGGAAUGGUUGGAAUGGGUGGUAUUUAUGCCUUCUAUCCUGCCAUAGCUCCUUACAAACUGACUGAUGUUGGCACUGGUUACACUAUUGACCUGGUUGUUUUGUUCGUUAGUGCUGUUCCUGGUAUUAUCAUCGCCAUCUUAUGCGAUCGUGGAAAGGGUCCAAAUCAAGAAUGGAGUAGUGCCCAAUGGUGGCAUGUUACUUGGAUUCUGGCAAUUCCACAUCUUACUGCCAUGAUCUUGUGUUUGUGCACACUUCAUUAUCCGGGUGGUAGACUAGCUAGUUCUAUAAAAAGUAGUGGUUUAAAGGUUGGAGUUAUUACUGUUACCUUAAAGUUUUGUGAGGAAUCUCUCAAGGCAGUUUCAUAUGCAGGAGGUGGUGCAUAUAAGAGCCCAAUUCCAGCCGUUAAUGCCUUCUUAUCCCAAGGUUUAAUGAUCAUCUUGGCCUUUACUGGAGAUGGAUACCUAAAGACCUACUCUAAAUAUGAGCAUGAUCGGAGUAAGUGGCCUACCAAAGACUUUGGGUUCUGGAAGUCCUUAGGAUACUGGACCGGGAGUGGAAUGAAGGUGGCAUGUAAGAGCGUUAAAUCAUCCUUUACCACCAAUGUUAGAUGCAAAGUUUUAGGUAAAUCAGAGGCCUUACUCAUUGUCUAUGAAGAUCAGGAAUUUUAA